CUCUGGCAGAGCUCUUUCUCGACAGAUGAUCUUGCCAGUGAGUGAGACGGAGCUUUACGGAUGGGUCUGAGAAUCUGCUGCUGUGCUCCAUGAAAUCAAGACACGGGGGCCAGGGCACGGGGCUUGUAGCGGCCAUACCAAGAGCAAAGACAAGAACAAAUUCUUCUGCUAGAAUUUUUGAAGACACCCUAAUGAGCAAAUACAUUUCAGCACUCUUGUGGACAGGGCCAGAGGGAAAAAAGAAAUAGGUUGUCCAUAUUCCAACCCAUAGGUGCUGCCAUUGGAAAUGAGGACUUCGGAAGAGCAAGCAGCCACCACAGUGUUGCAGAGACUUUUGCAGGAACAGCUGCGUUACGGAAAUCAUAAUGAGAACUUCAACUUGUUGGCCUUGCACCAACAAGCAACCGGGAACGUGAAUCCUUACGGUGGUGGACAGGGAGGUCAGAACGAAGGACUUAACUCCCAGGACCACCAACUGGUUCCUCAUGCUGCCCGUCAGGAACCUCAAGGGCAGGAGAUCCAGGUGGAGAAUAUGAUGGAAAAGCAGAUUCCAUUAAGAGCGCAGACUAGUGAGGACCUUCCCACUUAUGAGGAAGCUAAGGUACAGUCACAGUAUUUCCGUGGACAGCCUCAUGCCAGUGUUGGAGCUGCCUUCUAUGUAACUGGGGUGACUAACCAGAAGAUGAGAACUGAGGGUCGACCGACAGUGCAGAGAAUAAGCCAGGGUAAAGUGCAUCAGGAUGAUGGUCUAAAGGACCUCAAACAAGGCCAUGUACGUUCUCUAAGUGAGAGGCUCAUGCAAUUGUCACUGGCUACUAGUGGUGUGAAAGCUCAUGCUCCAGUCACCAGUGCUCCUCUGUCUCCACAGCCUGGGGAUUACUAUAAGAAUUCCAGCUCCAAUGACAUGUACAAGAAUCAUUCUCAAAGUGGAGGACAGAAGGGAAUGGAGCAUAGAGGACCUCCACCUGAUUACCCUUUCAAAAACACUCUUUCUUCUCAAGGAAAGCCUAAGGAAUUUGGUCAACAUUAUGGAGAUUACAGAGGCAGUCAGCAGAACCGUUCUGAUGGGCCUAUGGUCAGAUACCAGCCUCCUCCUGAGUACGGAGCUCCCAGGCAAAACCAGGAUGGUCAGCAGCAGUUCCAGCAAAGACCUUUCAAUUACCACAGUCCCACUUCGUCUCUCACCUCACUGGGAUCUAUAAGUCUGUUACAGUCACCUCUCCCAUCUGGAAUGUCUCCUUCACAACAGCAGCUUCCAUCUCCCAGCCAUGGUGACUUCUUCUCUGGGCCACCACGCUCUCAGCACCAUCCAAUUUCCAACCAGUACCACCAAGGAGACCUGUAUCGUAUGUCUCAGUCUUACGCAGGGCAACAACAACAGCAGCAGCAGCAAGUACAAAUAGACUCAGGCUUGUCCAGGCCGCCUCCUCUUCCCUCUCCUUAUUCACAAUUACAGGGAGACCCCUUUGCCAUUGUUUCGCGGGCACAGCAGAUGGUCGCCGUUUUGUCAGAAGAGAACAGAUCAUUGCGUCAGGAGCUGGAGGGAUGUUAUGACAAAGUUGCAAGAUUCCAGAAAAUGGAAAUGGAAAUCCAGAGGGUCUCUGAAGCGUAUGAAAACCUAGUGAAAUCCUCAUCUAAGAGAGAGGCGUUAGAGAAAGCUAUGAGGAGUAAGCUUGAAGGAGAGAUUCGGAGAAUGCAUGAUUUUAACAGGGACCUGAGAGAACGCAUGGAAACGGCAAAUAAACAGCUGGCAGCCAAGGAACUGGAGGGCACCGAAGACAAUAGAAAUACCAUAUCUCAGCUUCUAGCUCAGAACAAGGAUGUCCAAAGAGAGAAGGAGAAGCUGGAAACAGAUGUGGCUUCCUUACGCUCAACCAACGAAGACCAGAGAAGGCAUAUUGAAAUCCGAGAUCAGGCUCUCAACAAUGCACAGGCCAAGGUGGUAAAGCUGGAAGAAGAGUUAAAGAAGAAGCAGGUUUAUGUAGACAAAGUGGAGAAGAUGCAGCAAGCUCUGGCACAGCUUCAGGCUGCAUGUGAGAAACGAGAGCAGCUGGAGCACAGAUUGAGGACUAGGCUGGAGAGAGAGCUGGAAUCUCUGCGCAUGCAGCAGCGUCAGGGGAACUCGCAGUCCAAUAACGUUUCAGAGUACAAUACUGCAGCCCUCAUGGAGUUGCUGAGGGAGAAGGAAGAGCGUGUGCUGGCCCUAGAAGCAGACAUGACAAAGUGGGAGCAGAAAUACCUUGAAGAAAGCGUCAUGAGGCAGUUUGCUCUGGAUGCAGCAGCUACUGUGGCAGCUCAGAGAGACACAACACUGAUCAGCCACUCUCCCAGCGGGAGCUUUGACAUCUCCUUGGAGGCUCGAAUACAAAAAGAAGAGGAGGACAUUCUUCUGGCCAACAGAAAAUGUGUGGACAUGGAAAGCAGAAUAAAGACUUUGCAUGCCCAGAUAAUAGAGAAGGAUGCUAUGAUUAAAGUACUCCAGCAGCGCUCCCGUAAAGAUACAAGUAAACUUGAUCAGGCCUCUACCAUGCGCCCCUCCAAGUCACUUAUGUCAAUCUCCAAUGCCAGUUCCGGACUCCUCUCUCAUUCUUCAGCCCUGAGCAAUACUCCCAUCUUGGAGGAGAAACGGGAGGAUAAGAGCUGGAAAGGCAGUUUAGGUGUUCUCUUGGGCACAGAAUACCGCUCAGAAUCUGUUUCAUCAACACCUUCACCUGUCCUUCCGUCUACGCCAUUGCUCGCUGGCCACACCAAGACAGGAAGCAGAGAUUGCUGCACGCAAACAGACAAAGGAAGUGAACAAAAUAAAACUCCUUCAGUGAGUGCAUCACCAGCUCCGGGUCGGAUAACCACACCUAGCCCUAUGUACAGCUCAGAGCGAACAGACACCGUAUUCCAAUCCGGCACCUUGGAUAGAAAAAGCACUCUCCCAGCUUUGGGGCAGGAUCUCACAGAUGGGGAGAUGGUGGAAUAUCUGAUUUAAAAUCAGAAUUAAAUAAAAAAUAAACAAAAACUAAUGUAUUUAUAAGAAGUGAGAAAUGCCCUAAACUUAUUUAAAGUUCAUUCUGGGGCAACGCUUACAUACAAUUUUUUAUUUUUUUUUCUAUUCUUGUAAAUCUUUGUAUUAAAAGAGUAAAUGUGGACAUUUUAUACAGAAAAAAAUGUAUAGCUACUAUGUAGAAUACCCAGCAAAUACAAUCCAUGUUCUGUGUAGGUUUCAUUACACAAUCAAAGUGGAUUUUGGGGUGCAAGUGGAUUUCAUAUCAAACUUUCAGCAUAUGAAAAAGCACUACUUAUUUACUGUGAACAUUCAUAUAAACCCACUUGGGAAAUAACUGGUCAUUUGCUGGUUCAUUUGCUUAUGUUUUCUUCAAGAAAUAAAGGGGCUGGACAGUUACACAUUUUAUAGUGUACAAAUAAGAUAUGUACUCAGAUAUUUGUAAGGGAAAUUCUUCCAGAGGCAACUGUUCGUGGUAAAGUAAAAAAAAAAAAAUCCUUGUUUUACAAAAAAAUUAUCACAUUAUUACACCAUAUAAAGGCUUUUCUUGACUCAUAAACGGAGGUGAUACUUUAGCCUAUAUUAAAUUAAAUUGGAAUUUUGACAUACACACUGCAAAAUGAAUGGAAAAUAUAUAAAAAAAAAUUAUCCCUGAAGAGCAAGACUCACUGGUGGAAAAUUCAAACGCACACGAACAUAGUUUUUUUUAAUGCCUUAUACUAUAGAGAGAUGAUCCUUUUUCUUGUUACCCCAAUGAUGGUAGCUUUUUUCUAGAUUAGUACUUUUUACAAGAAGCAAUUAUAAAACACAGUUGAGCACUUAUUCAGUACUACAAACGUUUUGUGAAAUUCUGUCAGAGGUCUGGCCCUUGUUAAGAGUAAUAACUUUAAAUAUGUUACUACAAGGACCAGUUUAGUUUUAGCAUCUUUGUGGUUGGCAAAAAAAACCCCACCAAUAUGGUUUGCAGUCACACAAGCCUUGCCCCUUUCUUACUGGACAAAACAGCACUAGUGCCUAGUCACAGAAGGCUUUCUAUGUUUUAUUUUUUUUAAAUGUACAUUAAUACUAUACAACUAUUACAUCUGCGGACAUUUAACAUGAAUGUGCAUAUGGCUAGUUUAUACCAUUUGGCAAUUUUUACAGUAACUUUUUUUUGUAACUUGUACAGUAAGCAUUUUAUUCUGUAUUAGUAUUUAGCCCAAUAUUUAAAUAAAAAAAAAACAUGGCCAAUAUUAAAUUCAUUACAUACUUCUGUGACAAAUGAAUGAUAUCCACUUAUAGUGAAAACCCAUUACUAAAAAAAAAAAAAAAAAAAAAAAAAUGCAUUAAGUGACACAAUAAUAUGUUAUACACUUUAAUUAUUGCAUGAAGUAACAUUGUUUAAGGCUUUUAGAGAAAGCCUUUAAAUUAAUUGUAUUACAAUGUGACCUGUAUAUCAACAUGCUAGGAAGGUUUAAAGUGUUAUUUAUUUGAAUGAAAUAUUGUUUUGUUUUUUAUUUACAAACAAAAAAGAAGUCUAACCUGGAGUAUAUGGAUUGCAGCCAAUAAUUGUAUAUACAUUUUUUUUUAAGAAACAUAAAGAAGCUGAAACAUUGCUUUAGUUUAUUAAAUGCAGCAUAAUCCUGUAUCAAAAUGGAUUAUAAUACAUGUAAAUAUAUAUAUGAAACAUAUUGUAAAUAGAGUACAUUUCCUACUCAAACAUCUCAUUUUGAGUUACAAAAUACUGGCGCUAUUUUUGCCAUAAAACAAAGUUAUCUUAUUUGAUGACUUUACACUGCCAAUUACAAACCUAUUUGAUGAGCAUAUUUUAAAUAUCUCUUAAUAUUAAUCUGAAUCUUCAUUCUAUUUCCUGGCAUGUAGGAGAAGCUGCAUAGUAUUGCAGAGCAAUACAUUAAGGGGUUGUAUGACAAGGGUUAAUUUAAGUACAUUUUUAAAAGCACAGUUUCUUAACUGAGUUGAACUCAGUAAAUUUUUGUCUUUCUUUUUGUAAUCAACUAUCUUGUUUCUUUAAAAUUAUCUUAUUUUUUUUUUUUUGCAAUUAGCUUGUAAGUAAAAUUGUAUAACUUUUUUUGUAAAUGUAUUUUUUUUCUCUACUUUCACUUUAGUUUUAUAAUAUUAAACUACUUCUCUACUUUGCUAUACGCAUGUGAACAUUCCUAGCAUUUUACCGUAGGGCAGAUUUAGUCAAAUCUACUGCGCUAUUAUAUGCUAUGAAAUGCCCUCUUGUUUUACAUAAUACAUUUAAAAUCUGGUAUAGUUUUUUUUUUUACAGUACAUAGUUCAUUGUAAGGUUUCUCCAUUUCAUGUGUGUCUUCCGCUGGCUAGUGCAAUAUUCCAACCAGGGAGAGUUUGUGCUUUGCAGUGCCAAGGAUUUAAAGGGACAUAAUACUCCUAUGCUAAAUCACUUGAAACUAAUGCAGUAUAACUGUAAAAAGCUGACCGGAAAAUAUCACCUGAGCAUCUCUAUGUAAAAAAGGAAGAUAUUUUACCUCACAACUUCCUCAGCUCAGUAGAGUAAGUUCUGUGUAAAAAGUUAUACUCGGCUGCUGCCUUGCUGCAGGUAAAAAAAAUAAUGAAGAAAUGAACAUCAGCCAAUCAGCAUCAACAGUGCUGAGGCCAUGAACUCUUUUACUGUGAUCUCAUGAGAUUUGACUUAACUCUCAUGAGAUUUCAUGGUAAACUUCCUUAAACUGAAUAGGGAUAUAGAAGACAAACUAAGAUACUAGAGUGGAGCUCCAGUGUUCUGUUGUUCCCCUCCCAUUUACUUCCUGUGCAGCUAUUGCUGGCACCAAAGAAUAUCCCUGGACUCCCCCUGGAUUGGGACAAGGAUUUUUGUAUUUUGAAUUGUGCCUGGGUGUCUGCUGGACGACACUUUGGCUCCGGCCUGCAUAUAUUGCACAUUUGUGCUCUUCAUCACGUGAGUAAGAUUCUAUCAGCACCUGUACUGAUAAUUGCUGAUUUCUUGCCUGAUCUGCACUAUGUGGUGCCCUCUAUCCUUCUUGUUCUGAAUAGGAAAAUAAGAUGAGUGUGCACAAAAGCUCACUCCCUUGGCUGUCCCGGGACAGGCAUAAUGAUUUGCUGCUUAGAAGUCCUUUACAAUGGGAUGUGGCUACUGAGGAACUUUUGAGGUAAAAUAUCUUUCUUUUUUACAUAGAGAUGUCCAGGUGAUAUUUUCUAGUCCGCUUUUUACAGCUGUGCUGCAUCACUUUCAACUGUUUCAACAUUUGGGUAUCAUGGCCCUUUAACCUAGACAGGAAGAUUUCACAGCUCUGCCAAUAUAUAUAAUUCAAUGGAAUUUUUUUAAUGCAGGACAAAUAAAGAAAGGAUAGCACAGUAUGCCUUGCAUUAUAGUUUUAUUGUAACAUGUUAACAUACCCAGUGUUUCUCUUUGUGUUCAUAUAUAUACAGUAUAUAGUUUGUAUGUAUAUGUAUGUGUGUAUAUAUGUAUGUAUAUAUGUGUGUGUGUGUGUAUAUAUGUAUAUAUGUGUAUAUAUAUAUAUAUAUAUAUGUGUAUGUAUGUAUAUAUGUAUGUAUGUGUAUAUAUAUAUGUAUAUAUGUAUGUAUGUGUAUAUAUAUAUGUAUAUAUGUAUGUAUGUGUAUAUAUAUAUGUAUAUAUGUAUGUAUAUAUAUAUAUAUAUAUGUAUAUAUAUGUAUGUGUAUAUAUGUAUAUGUAUAUGUAUAUAUAUAUAUAUAUAUAUAUAUAUAUAUUGUAUAUCAUUAAAGAGCAACCUUUGCAUUCCAAUAUUGCGUUUCAAAAUCUACUGAAACAAUGUUACCUGCUUAAUUCAGAUACGUGCAAAAAGUCACCAGCACUAUAUCAUUUUAAACAAUAAUCUUUAAUUAAGACACAUAAAACAAGCAACGUUUCAGGGAUUAACCCCUUAGUCAUGCUAUCAUGACACCUGUUAAAUUCAAGCAUUCGUAGUACUUUGGUUUUAUUCUGUACAUAUAACAUGAAUGUAACGAGCUGUAAUCCAAAAAAAAAAAAAAAAAUCUUUUCUCUUUACACAUUGUUUUUUGUUAAACUGUAACAGAAAUAAUAAACACAUUUGAGUUUAAUUUUAGGUAGGACUAUCCGUUGCUGAAUGUAGAAAAUGUGCAUUGCUUUUUUGUACAGUACUUUUUUACAAUGUUUUGUAACAGAAAUACAAUAUUUUUGCACUAUUCUCUUUUUCUGUUGCUAUGCUCCUGAACUGGAAAAUAAAAUAGAAUUUAAAAAUAAUAUUUCAAAACAAUUACCCUUAUACAUGUAAAGUGUUUUACUUAUGCUUUUAAGGAAAGUGACUGUUUGUGAAUAAAUCUGAUUAAUGAAAAAUAAAAA